AAGCUUGUUGGGCAUAUACAAAACAUACUCCUGUGGAAGCAACAACCUUAGGUCAUUUUUGGAGGUCCAGCAAAUCCAGAGUCAAGGCUAAGAUGUGGUUGGUUACUACAUUCCUCCUAAUGGCUGUAACACAGACACAUGCGGACUAUCCUGCACUGCAAGCUGUUUUGUCACAGAAGGGACUGCAAAAAGCAUCUCACUGGGCAACUGACUGGCUUCAGAAUGAACUGAGUAAAAUUAAGCUCCCAGAGGUCAGAGGGAGUGUCGAUAUUUUUUUGGGCUCAGUUUACUAUGUCCUGUAUGACAUGACUAUUGCACGCUGCGAUUUGCCAGAACCCUCUGUGGCCUUUUCUGAGGGAACAGGUGUAUCUCUAAAAGUGAAUGGACUCUCCCUUGCCAUCACUGGGCACUGGAAUACGGAAUUUGGCUUGAUUCAUGAUGGCGGUUGGUUUGAUCUGGCUAUAUAUACCAUCAAUCUCAACACAUUGUUGGAGUUUGAGAGCACUGAAGAGCACCUUUCCAUUUACACUGUCACAUGUUAUGCCGAUGUGGAAGGUAUUCAGCUGAACUUCCAUGGUGGUGGAAGUUUCAUCUUCCAACCAUUUGUAGAAAGCUUCAGUGGAAAAAUUAAAGAUAUGAUCCAAGAAAAGAUAUGUCCGGGAUUUGAGAAAGGGAUUGAAAAUAUUGACAAAGCUCUGGCUGCAUCUGAUACCAUACGGCUGGAUCCUUAUGUAUAUUUGAACGUCUCUCUGACUGACCCACCUAUUGUGUUUGACAAUGGCUUUGAAUUAAAUGUAAAGGGUGAAUUUUACAGUAUCAGCUCUCCUUCUGAGCCACCAUUUUCUCCCAACCAUUUUAAUCUUCCAUGGCAGGCAGAUUACAUGCUGUCAGUGGGUAUGUCUGAGUUCUGUGUAAACUCAGCAGCAUUUGCCUAUCAUAGUUCUGGAGUGUUGAACAUCACCAUCAAUGAUGGCAUGAUCCCCAAGGUCUCUCCCAUCCACUUGAACACAAGCCAGUUUGGAAUCCUGAUUCCUCAGCUCCCCAAGUUGUAUCCAGAUAUGGAGAUGGAAGUAGUGCUGUAUGCCAGUGAUACCCCACUCAUUUCAUUUAGUCAAACAGUGAUCAAUGUUAACUUAUCUGCGGCAGCCAAAUUCUAUGCUCUCAAGACAGACACUGAUUUAAUCGCUCUCUUCAGACUGGAUAUGCAAUAUUCCUUUAAUGCUAAAGUCCACAUUGAGCAUCAGCUGCUGAAGGGUGUUUUGGAAAUGAAAAAUUUGACCAUAUUGCUUGGAUCAUCAGAGAUCGGCAAAUUCGAUAUUGCACCAAUUGAGCGUAUGGUGAAGUUAGCAAUGAGCACCUUUGUACUUCCAAAACUGAAUGCCCAACUGCAGAACGGCCUUCCGUUACCGAGGGUGAAGGGUUUCAGCAUGAUUAAUUCAGUGAUGUCCAUUGAAAAUGGAUUUUUGUUUGUUGUGACAGAUGUCAAUAGUCCCUUUGACUUCCUGCAAUCAAACAAACUCUGACUUCUGGACAUAUUUGGAUAAUGAUAAAUAAGGCUUAUCCAGUAUCGCUAUCAUGAUGAGAAACAUCUGUGAGUCUGCCAUUGAUGUUACAGCCAGAUUUCAUUUUAACAGUUUCAUAAAUAAUGUGUGAAACAGCAAUAUGCUGUCAAGUAAUCAUUUACAAACUAGUUUGGUAUAUUGUUGCUUUUCUGCAACUCUAGAACAGCUAUUAUUUGAUUAUCCUUAUGUCAAAUCAGCCUGUUGAUUCUUUAGUAUUUUUUUGGAUGUCUGUGGACUGUUCAGUCACUAGAUAGAUAUAUAUUGUUCUUUUUUAAUUUCCAAUUGAUUAAUUGUUUUUUCCAUUAUUCCUUUUUAUAUGGACCAAAGAUCCUUGAUUAUUGCCUAUGACUAUUUUAAAGUGAGGCAUGGAUGAAUUGUCAAAUGAAUUGUCACUUUCUUGUAACUCAACUUUCUUGUAACUCAACUUUCCAAAUAAAAGAAAUGCAUGAAUAA